CCUAAAGGUUAGUUUCCUUUAUGUUAACAUGUCAAUAUGAUUCCCAUCAACGUCGACAUUACCUAUUUUUAAUACGAAAUCUAUACGAGCACCCUACUAUAAUGUCUUGGGAUUCUAAAUCUGCCGUUAGACGACGGCAAAAUAGCUCUGUGGGCUCUUCUAGAUCAUUGCCGCACCAUAUAAGACAGCAGUCGAAGCAACCUCUACAGCCAAAAUCUCCUCAUGUUACCGACCCAUUCCUCCAAAGCUUCCUCGCCCCGUCGUUUGAUCCGGCCGAUUAUCUUAAUUCUUCACUUCCAACACUCCAAACCGCAACGUCCUCAUCUUCAACUCGAACAACGGAUAGUGCGGUUCCCUUAGCAGAACUAUCUAGUCAAGCUCAGACGCAACUCUCCCAAUUGAAUGCCCAUACGACGAGGCUGACCACUAUUCUCACGCAACUGACCGACGAUAUAUUACGGAGCGGGAGCCGGCUAGCAUAUGAGGUUGAACUCCUGCGCGGCGAGACGUUAAGCCUAUCGGAAACAUUGUCAGAUGGUUUACACGAAGAGAUCGCAAGGUUCAUUCCGAAAGACACACAAGAACAACCAAAUACCAAAAUAAACGGAGCUGUUACGCUCACUGAGAGACGACCCCCAGAGGCGACAGCUCCCACAAACCUAGAAUCUAUUCCACAAAAUAGCACUAGUCUAGACCCACCAUAUAUAAAUCAACUGCAAACCUUGACAUUAGUACGUUCACGAUUAGACACAGUGGUUAAAACAUUUGGUGAAGCUAUGGAAUUCGUGUUCCCGCCUUCUGAGCUUUCCGUCAGUUCGUCAUUCCUCUCCGUCUCAGCACCGGAGCCAGGGGUAGAAGCGCACAGCACAGAAGAAAAAGGACAGCAAGUGCUCAAGCAGCUGAAGGAAGAUAUAUCAACCUUGCUCACGAGAAGUGCCGAUCCUGUUGAAGGGAUAGAGAAGGCUGCACGCCGUAUUGAGGAGCUUAAGGAGCUAACAAAAGUAUGGAAUGGAACAGCAGAGGAGAAAGGAAGGACGAAAUUCAUUGAGGGUCUGGCCAAAAUGGUCGAGGAUCGACACAAGGAAUUACUGAAGGAGGUGGAGCAGAAUAGCCGCCAAGAUGGCAAGGCAGAUCCGGAUAACAGUUCUAAGAAAGCUGCUGCUAGCUCUGAUGGAGGCGGCGCGGAGAACAAACCCCUGUAUGGAAUAAUGAGCCAGCUACAGAGGCUCCGGGCUGGCCUACAAUGAUUCAAAAGGUCAAACCCUCAAGUGUGUAGCAUUUGAUUGUGAUCUGAGCUACGCGGGUAUGCGCGGAUGGCUGAAUUUGUGUGAUAACAUUUCAGUAGCCGAUCAGGAACUUCGUAUUUGUGUUCAAGAACAAAUCAAACUUGUUCGUCUACCCGGCUGAUAUUAGCGAAUGUUUCUAACCUAUAUCUAUAUAUAGGUAGCUGUGUAUGAUCGUGUUAUUUGGGGAAUUGGUGACGAUGGUAUAGUUUGUGCCGUUGGCAAGCUGAUGUCAUUGCUAGAGCACCGCUGUGCUCUUGUCUCGCUUAGCUCGCGCUGAAUGGCGGUUGAAGUAGCUAGCACAUUUGUGUUAUAAAAGUACAUCUACUAAGUAAAGCGAUUAUGAUGUAAUUCGAUAUUACUGUUUCCGCCUUGGAGUGAAGAAAAUAUCCUAGUGUUAAAUCCUCACUACCUGCUAAGUUAGUAGAACGCAGCUGUGUUGACUAUACACUUGCCAUGUAAC